AUGUGGACAACAACAGAACAACUUGUUCUCAUCGAAUCAAUCCAAUACUGCAGACCGCAAUCCAUUUCCGAGUGGAAAUACGUCAGCGACGUCUUAAUCAAAACUCUCUGCUUCGACGGACCAGUCGAUGCAAGCAAAUUCACAGAAAGGGAGUGCCUCGAUCAAUUCAAGUCUCUUGAAAAGAUGUAUGAAGAGAAAAUACCUCCACAGUACCCAACACUCGCUGCUAUUAACUUUUUACUCAGGCGAAAAAGAAUCGAAGAACUCGAUGAAGCAAUUUUUCAGUCCAAACAAAAUUUGAUGAAAUUGCAACAAAUUGUCUAA